AUGCCCAACACGGCACCCCAAUCGCCUCCCCCUUCGCAGAACCACUCGUCAUGUCCAGAGGAGCCCACGACAGUCGCCACCUGGUCCCCAACCUCACCGCCUUGGCGCGGCUCACAGUCGCAUGCCUCGACUGCCGUCCGUAACGAAUCCUCCCGAGGCGAAAACGCCGUCGACCGUCAUCAACCCUCCUCAACAGCCGCCGUCUCCUCCCUAACCGAUUCCGCUACCGCUCCCCCCUCCGGCGUGGCGACCGACCGCAACGACUUCCCAUCGCCUGCUACCUCGAGAUCCGCCACCCUGUCUCCCGGCCCGCAGCCCGUCCAGGAGACUUCGGUUUCUACCCCCGAUACGGCCCAGACGUCGGGCACCGAUAAUGCUAUGGAUUCGGUAAAGUACGCCGACGUCGGAGCUGAUACCACGAUGCUUGGCGGUAACUCGGAGUUUGAUACCCGACACCAUACAAGGCUCGAGCAGGGUCGGUCAUCCCUCGUGACAGAGCCGGAUCGUAGUCUGGACUUCAGGGAACUAGCUGCGCGUGCGGACGAAUACUCGGCCACGUCCAUGGGGCCCGAUUACUCUAACUUGAGGGCGAUUACAACAUCCCCGUCGUCCCUCCUUCGGCCGGGAACCAGAUUCCACGGAACUCAGCAGUCGGAGAGGCAGGUAUAUGACGUCUCGGUAGAAAUUAAGCAUGUCGAUCUAAGGGAAUCGUAUCUCUGUGGGUACCUGCGCAUUCAGGACCUUACCGAAGACCAUCCGACCUUAACGACCUACUUCGAAGGCGAGAUCAUCGGCUCCAAAUACACAUUUAUCACCAACCACGAGAGUUGGGGAGCUACCGACAGUGAGGACCUGAACCACUGGGCCAAGUUCAGCGCGUUCAGGCCGUACCAGCGCCAAGCGCGAAAGGGUCUCGUCUUCAUCCGAGACCUCGCCCAGCAAGAAAAUAUAUUCAUGAGGUGGAAGGAGCAGUUUUUAGUACCGGAUCAUCGCGUUACCACUAUUCGCGGGGCGAGCUUUGAGGGCUUCUAUUAUAUCUGCUUCAACCAGGUCAAGGGCGAGAUUAGCGGGAUCUAUUUCCAUUCGAAGAGCGAGAGGUAA